UUGACACUUGUAGUUUGAAAAAGCGUUAUAUUGACCGGCCGUUUCACGUUAUAAACAGAGAUAAAAUCGAAAAUGUCGGUUUUUCAUGGAUUUCCCGAAUUGCCGGGACCUGAUGAAACAGCCUUUUGCAAACUUAAUGAAGUAUAUUGCUGCGGGAACAGCCAAUACGGAAACAUUUCAACAUUUACCAACACCACUAAGAAACAUCCUGUGAUAAACGUAACAAGAGAGAUACAUCACCAUCGUGCCACAGACGAAAAUGUAUCCAUGUACGUCGACGUGGAAGACAAUUUACUGAAGAAAAUAACCAGUGUGUGGUACAAACAAGGGUUUCUAGAAGCUUUGAGCGUAGCCGCGGACCCAAGCGUCAAUCGAGAAAGCCCGGUACUCGCUCUGACCGCGUCAUACCUUUUAAAAGUCGCUAAUGUGUUUACGGCCUUUCAUUAUUUCAUGCAGCCACAUUUAAAGGAUAUUGGGCCUAAAAUCGUGGCAAAUUACUCUAAGACCAGGAACUGGGGGAGUGGUCCUAUAAAAUGCUUGGCUUGGCACCCUCAUACAACUAAAAUAGCGGUAGCAACCACUGAUGAUCAUGUAAGAGUGUAUUGCACGGAGGCCUCAUUUGUGCCCAUUUUGAAAUGUAAAGCGCAAGUACAUGUGUCUUCACUUAGUUGGAGACCAUAUUCGGCUUCGGAGAUAGCUGUGGGGUGUGAGCAGGGAGUAAUUGUGUGGACAGUGGACCCGAAUUCUACAUUUACAAAGCCGUCUUCAAGUAAUGCAGUUGUUUUGAAACAAAACAACCACAGCCCAGUAACAGAUGUGAGCUGGUCACCCAACGGUGACAUCCUCAUCAGCUGCAGUGGAGCCGACACCUCCAUGCUCACAUGGGACGUCAGCAUGGAAACUGCGGUGCCAUUGAGACGUGUGGCUGGCGGUGGUAUAGUGUUCUCACGGUGGUCAUUUGGCGGGAGCAAAGUGUUUGCUGCCACGUCAUCUAUAAUAUUUAGGGUAUGGGACACUAAACAGUGGACGCCAGAGCGUUGGUGCGCGCGCGGCGGUCGUGUGGUAGCUGCUUGCUGGGGGCCCGGCGAUCUUCUGCUGUUCGCUGCUAAGGGCGAACCUAUGGUCUAUGCGCUUAGUAGCACUGGGCUUAUGAAUGGCGCCCAGAACAUGAAAGCAUUACCAGUACUGGACGUGACAAAGACUGAGCUGCCAUCAGGCGACCCAGUAGGGGGUCCUAUUCUUGACAUGUGCUGGGACCCCUCAGGCCGAUACCUGGCCCUCAUGUUUGAGGAAUCAGCACUUGUGGCCGUCUUCUGCACUACUAAUAUCAUGAUGCAGCUUAAAAUAACACCCUGCUGUUUUGUAUGCGGUAUAGAGAACGAAGUUCCACUGACUAUGGCGUUCCAACAGAACUUCACCGACGGGGCCUGUCUGACAGUGGCCUGGUCUAGUGGCAGGGUUCAACACUUCCCUAUUGUGUACACUAAUGAUUACUAAGUGACCAUUCUUACCAUUGCUAAGUGACCAUGGACUUUUAGCAGUUUAGCAGGCUUCGGGCUUGUCUCAAUAUGGACCAGUGAUAUGGACUGGUGGUCCAUAUUAUUAAUAUGCUCAUAAUAUAUGUACAGCAGGAGCUCAGAGCUCAGUGGAUCCUAGUGACCUAGUGAGUGAAGUGGAAGAGUACAGUAGUCUAUACUAAAUUGACAACACAUAAGUAGCCUUUUAGAAGAAUUUCACCAACAGGGCCUGUCUGACAGUGGCAUGGUCUAGUGGCAGAGUUCAACACUUCCCUAUUGUAUACACUGAUGAUUACUAGAAUUACCAUUACUACCAUUGCAUGCCAUGCCAUUGCCAUGGACUUUUAGCAGAAUUUCAGGCGUGUCUCAAUAUGGACCAGUAAUAUGGACUAGUGGUCCAUAUUAUUAAAAUGUUCAUAAUAUAUCUACAGCAGGAGCUAAGUUGAUCCUAGUGUGACCUAGUGAGUGAAGUAGAAGAAUACAGCAGUUUAUACUAAAGUAACUAAAUAUAAUUGGCCUUUUAGAAGUAUUUCACCAACGGGGCCUGUCUGACAGUGGCCUGGUCUAGUGACUGAGUUCAACACUUCCCUAUUGUCUAUACUGAUGGCUACUCGUUUUUAUUGUAUUAAGGUGCAUUGGAGUAACUGAUAUAUUAAUUAAACUAAAAGCAAUUUGAAUGUGGCAACAGUAAGCAAGAUAUCAUGAUAAGAGUUGCAGAAGCGUACAGUCUGGCAAAAAAGAGUAGAAAUUAAAAAGUGGCAACACUGUAGCGUCGUCCCUUUCAAAUCAAUCUUAAAAAAACGGGACGACACUACAGUGUUGCCCCUUUUAAUUUCUACUCUUUUUUUGCCAGACUGUAAGUGUUGCUAAAGUAUGAAGUGCUUCUGGUUUAGUGGAUAUGAGCAAUUUUUUUAAUUCCACCACGUUCAAAGUUAUCCCUAUGCACUACCAAAGUGAUCUUGGUUUCUAAGUUAAGAUGAGCACUUCAAAUGCGAUUUGUGUAUUUAACAACUUUUUUUAACUUAACAUCUAAGUCAAAAUAUAUUUUAUAUA